GCGUUGUCACUUCAGCCGCAGGAGUUGCCAUAAACCCUCCCGGCAUCCGUGUUGAACCCGCCACCAUUUAUAGCCUCGCGGUGACAAACAAUCUUAUUAUGAGAUUUAAACUUUGCCUCGGCUAGACUGAAGGAUCAACAUGCGCUCCUCUCGCACCUUAUUCCCCGCAGUUUCCCCAACUGAUACAGUAAUACCUACCAAACCUACCCGCCUCCUUUUGAUUGUGGUUAAACGCCGGUGUCAGCUCUCGGUGUAAUAGGAGAGAAAAAAAAAACCCAAGCAGGGCUCCGGGUCUGUUCAGCAUACAUAAAGGCAAGCGCUGAGAGAGGAGCUCAGCCCCUGAGUUAAAUCACUCACCGCUAAAUGGAUCUUUGAGACUCUCCCUUGACGCAGUCAGUCGCCGCUUUGUGCGUCUUCAACCCGAAAACAGAAAACUGGGAUUCUUUUUUGUUUAUUUUUUUAAAAUUCUUUUUAUUUUCUACUAUCUGACAGAGCAAAUCUCUUAUCUUUUUGAAAAUGUCUUGUGUUCGUGGUGACAUACAGUAAGCUGCCAGCUUUGCAUCGGGGAAGAGGCUUCUCGCUCCGAGAUCGUCAAGCAGAGUUCAAGAGGAGGAAUCAGUGAACAUCUGUACAGCUGGAAGGACACCAGGGAUGCUCUCUCACACCAAGGACUUCAACCUAGAGUACAGAGGUUAUUCCUCCGUGCACAUGAAAGAGACACAGGAAGGAAGACAGUGGCAGAAACAAUAAGAUGAGACCGUUUAAUGAUGAUAACCUCUAAGGAGAAAAGCACAAGCCAACCUGAGGUGGUGAAAUCUCUUUUAAACCACACCACCACAAGUUCACUGCAGGCAAACCUAAAUGAAAGAAACUCAGCAUAAAGGCAGAUACUCAACAUUUUUCUGACUGGUACAUGGGAAUAACACCAUCCAUCAAUGAAGAGGAGACAAAUAAAUGGAUUGUUUCUGGCCCUGAGAACAGUUGAACAUCCGGCUGAUUUUCCAACAGGAUCAUCUCAGCUGUUCUGAAACCACAGCUGCAUCACCCUCUGUUCAUUUUAUUUUCCAGCCCUGCACAUGACUCUCAGAGAAGCACCAAUGGCCUGCAGCUUAGGCAUGGUGACGAGUGCCUUGUUUUGGUCUGUAGCCAUUGUAUAUUUGACUCAUAUUGGCAGAGUGAGUGGAGACUGCUGGUUAAUUGAGGGUGAAAAGGGCUUUGUAUGGCUUGCAAUUUGUAGCCAAAACCAACCACCUUAUGAGGCCAUCCCACAGCAUAUCAACAGCACCAUUGUGGACCUUCGUCUAAAUGAAAACAAAAUCAAAAGUAUCCAUUAUUCUGCCCUUAGUCGCUUUGCCAACUUGACCUACCUGAACCUGACGAAGAAUGAAAUCUCCUACAUAGAGGACGGGGCCUUUUCUGCUCAGUUUAACUUACAAGUCCUCCAAAUGGGCUUCAACAAGUUGCGGAACCUGACAGAGGGAAUCCUCAGGGGUUUAGGAAAGCUGCAGUACCUCUACCUCCAGGCAAACCUGAUUGAGACUGUGACACCCAAUGCCUUUUGGGAAUGCCCCAACAUUGAGAACAUCGACCUCUCCAUGAACCGGAUCCAGCAGUUAGACGGGUCCACAUUUACCAGUCUGACUAAACUAACCACAUGCGAGCUGUACACCAACCCAUUCAACUGCUCAUGUGAAUUGCUUGGCUUUGUCAAAUGGCUCUCAGUUUUCCCGAACAGGACAAAUGAGCGGAUGGUAUGCGACUCCCCUCCUGGUGUCUCUGGUUAUAGUUUACUGAGCCAGAAUCCUAACAAUCCAACCUAUCGAAAUGCACUUCACAUGCUCACGACAGUGUGUACUGAUGACUAUGUAACACCAUUUAUUGCUGUUCCCACUGAGUCUACAACAAACCCACCAGACUCAACACUUUGUGGGCUGGAAGACUGUCCCUCAGGCACAGAACCAGAUGACAUUACUAUCAGUACAACCUACAGCAGUGUGGAAGUAACCCCUCAAAUGAAACUGAAGCAAGUAACAAAUACCGGUGCCACCAUCACAGUUCAGAUUCCUCAUCCUUACAAGAAGAUGUACAUCCUGGUUCUGUAUAACAACAGUUUCUUCACAGAUAUUCAAAAUCUGAUACACACAAAGGAGGAUAUUGAACUACCAAACCUUAAACCCCACACUAAUUACACAUACUGUGUCGCUUCAAUACGCAACUCUCUCAGACACAACCACACUUGUCUGACAGUCACUACUGGCCCUCGGAUUGAAAAGGACAGAGCUGUAAACAAUCCAACUGCUACUCAUUACAUUAUGACAAUUUUAGGCUGCCUCUUUAGCAUGGUCAUUUUUCUGGGGGUGGUCUACUAUUGCUUGCGGAGGAAACGUCAGCAAGAUGAAAAGCACAAAAAAUCAGGUAGCCUGAAGAAAAAUAUAAUGGAACUAAAAUAUGGACAAGAACUGGAAGGAGGGACUAUUUCUCGAAUGUCGCAGAAGCAGUUGUUAGCUGGGGAGAGCAUGGCACGUAUGCCAUACUUGCCAUCUGCUGCUGAAAUGGAGCAGUACAAAUUUCAAGAAAUAAGUGAUACACCUAAAAUGAUGAAGGGAAACUACAUGGAGGUGCGAAGCGUGGACCACCAUGAACGCAGGGAGUGUGAUAUGGGAAUGCCUGGGAAUAGUCAGGGGUCAGUGGCGGAGAUUUCCACCAUUGCAAAAGAGGUGGAUAAAGUAAAUCAGAUAAUUAACAACUGCAUAGAUGCUCUUAAGUCAGAAUCCACCUCUUUUCAAGGGGUGAAAUCUGGAGCGGUGUCCACAGCAGAGCCUCAGCUUGUACUACUAUCAGAACACCCACAGAGUAAAUCUGGCCUUCUGUCCCCGGUGUACAAGGACAGCUACCAUCAUUCUCUGCAGAGGCAUCGGACCUCUGAUGUCUCACCAAAGAGGCCCAGCACUGCCACAGGAGGGCCCAUGCGUAGCCCCAGGCCUUAUCGUGCUGAACCCAAGUACAUAGAGAAAACCUCCCCAACAGGAGAGACCAUCCUCACUGUUACACCUGCCGCCACCAUCCUGAGGGCUGAGGCAGAGAAGAUCCGUCAGUACAGUGACCACCGGCACUCAUACCCCGAUGCUCAGAUAGAGGAGCUCGAAGGACCUGACAGCCACAAGUCCUCCAUGUUGGAGCCACUUACGCACUCCCGCUCCAGAGACUUAGCAUAUUCCCAGCUGUCAUCUCAGUAUCACAAUCUAAGCUACUCCUCCAGUCCUGAGUACUACUGCAAACCUUCACACAGCAUCUGGGAGCGGUUCAAACUCCAUCGGAAACGGCACAAAGAUGAGGAGUACAUGGCCGCAGGGCAUGCACUGCGUAAGAAAGUCCAGUUUGCAAAGGAUGAGGACCUGCAUGAUAUUUUAGACUACUGGAAAGGUGUAUCAGCCCAACAUAAAUCAUAACCUCUUUAGGUGUUUUUAAAAUGGACCACACAUUGCAGAAAUGACACAAGAACCUCAUCUGACAACCGAACCAAUGGAAACUUCCAUAUUAUAAUCAACCACUCACUCACGUGUAUCAAAUUCCCUUCUGACUGUGAGGAAAAUGGGGUUAAGAUUCUUCAAAUUUGUCAUAUUAUGUAAAGCAUCCAACAGGAAAACUUUUAUCUAUUAAAGAGAAAAUAUAUUGCAAAUUAAUAAUAUAUAUGUUACAAUGGAUUAUAGGUUUUUGGGUAUCGCAUGGCCAAGUCCUGUGACAGUGGAUUUGCUGUUGUGUAAUAUGAAACUACUAUAUGAAGAUUAUGUCUAAUGAAAUCUCAGUAUUUUUGGAAGAAAUAUCUGGACCUUUCAUUCAAAAAGAACUUUUUUCCUUCCCUCCCUGCAUUUAUUUAAUUCAACAAAACUAUGUACAGAUGUGGGUUUCUAUAUUUGCAAUGUUUGCUGUGUAAAUGGAAACGUACUAGUGGAUGAUUCAGGUUUAGCAAAUGGAACGCUGUUUAUUUAGAUCAACUUGCUAAAGAACGGCAUGUCCAACUUUAAACCUGUCAGAACAUUUGUCAUUUUAACCAUCACCGCCUGUUUUUUUUAUUCUUAUCUUUCUUAAAGCUUUUUACAUGCAUUUUACAAGAUACAGAUGGAUUCAGUUUUCAAGUCCCCUAGUCACACAACGCAGUAUUCACUGGAUGGUUUCUGACAGACUUCAUGCAGGUGAGAUGCAGUAUAUCACAUGCUGUAAUGAAGCUCAGUCGUCAGUUUUGUGAACCAUCAUUUGUAUCUUUAGUACCAAAGUAGAAAAAGCCGAAAUGUUUACAAUAUUUCUGCACGGUCUGGGAAUCAUAUGAACAUACAGCAGUAGGUCCAUGUUGACUGUUCUUUUUUUUUUUAAUUGUAUCAGUUACACCUUUAAAAGUGAAAACAUUGGGAAACAACAUCAUCUACACACACAAUAUGGUAUUGAAAGCCUGUUAUUAAUAACUAACACUUCAAAGGUAAGACAGCUGUACUCUGUCACCUGUUGUUAAGGUACGCAGACAGCUGUUCUUCCCUGCAGGAAAGCCCGAUGGAUGAAUGUAACAGAUACAUUUUCUGAUCUGUCUAUGGCAGCUUUUAUGUAUAUUUUCAAGGAAAUAUUUAUUUAACGCUAUUACCGACUGUGUUUUUCUCUUUUCCUUUGCUUUAAUAUUUCUUCCAGUGUAUUAUAUUGCAUAAUGUUUGAUCCGAUAAAUGCAGGAAAGUAGUUUGUUUUUCGGCUGGACCUUGUUGCUUGCUGAGAGGCUACAUUUUUAUUUUUAACUGCUAGGCUGUUAAAUCUUUUUGUAUAUUAUGAAAGCUACGUACCAGACAAAUAUCAACAUGCUAGAGUAAAAUUUGAGAAUGUGAAACUGAAUCCUCUGACUUACUGGCUGUGAAUUUGUAUAUCAUGAAGUUUUUUGAGUAAAUAUAAGACUUAACGCUUUCUCUUUGUAAGUCGUUUAUAUAACUUAUUCCGAACAGGCUCAUGAUGAUUCACUGCAUAUUUAUGAAUAAGCAAUAAAUAUGAUUUCAAUUCUCCUACUCAUUUGUAACUAAUAUAACUCUAAAUGUGUUGUCAGUGUAGGAUGUGGGGGUUUUUCAAGGGAGAAGAGCUCUUUGAGUUUCAGCACUUAAACUUCAUAUCUCUCAAUUCUAGGGCUGCAAAGGUAUUAAAAAAUAUUUUAUUAUGUAUGCUUAUUAGUCUUUAAGGAAGCAAAGCAAACUACUUCCCAAGCUGCAGCAGAUCUUCUUUCUAUUUUAACUCUGCUAUUCUCAUUAGUCAAGUGUCCAUCCAAAGUUAGUGCAAAUUUUAACAGAAUUACCAGAAACACAGCAAAAGUGUGCAAGUCCAUCCACUACUCUUAUGUGAAUAUUUGACCGCAUCAAGAUCAGCAGUUGAUGGUGCUAUUCUCCAGUCGGGUGCCAUUAUACCAUUGCAGAAGAAGACGUGGCGACAAGAUGAGGUAAUUAAAAGAGCACCAGUCAAACCUCAACUUCAGUGAAGGAAAACAAUGUUGAAAACAUAAUAGAAAUAUGGCAUUUAUUAUGUUUAAUGUAUCAAUUUGAGGAACACUACAGUCUGCUAUUUUUUUUCCCAAUAUCUUUCAAAUUUCUGGUGUUUCCACUCAAGUUAUUUUGUGCACAAAAAUAGAAAUGCCCAUGAACACAGAUACAUGGAAACUCACUUCUUGUGGUCCUCACUUACUAAAAUCAAAUUUGAUUUUAGUAAGUGAGGACAGCCCUGAAGCAACUUUGCCCAGAAUGUGUGGUGCUCUAAAAAAAUACGCAGACAUCAUCUCCAGACAACAGAUGAUGAUCCACUUUUUGAAGCACAAACAUUUUUUGUGUUUUCCUCUCCAACACCAGGCGAACCAUUCUUUUCUGCUUUGAUUCUUGAUACAUUUUUCCAAAGAUACUGUGUGUCAGAUCAGAUCACUUCAUCUGCACCUCUAUUUCUGUCUAACUUUUCAGUCUCAUGACAUAUUUUGCAUACUCAAAAAGUGGACAUCAGAGUGUGAAAUAUGAAACACUUCCACAUCAAUGAAUUACAAAACAUUAAAUCAGACUUAGUGACUUACUGCUUUGUACAUACUGUGAAUUGCGUUAUCAGAGCUGACCCGAGGGAAUGAAUUUGUCUAGUGACAUAUUUUUUCAUCAACUCUUUUUUGUUCCAUUAGACAUUGAGUAUGUAAGUAUAACUGCAGGCAUCAGUUAGCCCAUUUGUAUUUUUCUGUGUCAUAAUGCUGCAUCCAUUCCAUGUAAGUGUGUCAUGACGCUGUUAUUAUUCAUUAAUGUGAAAUGAAGCAUUCAUGAGCCUGAUGUGAAUGUGUUAUGUAAGCACCUUGUAAAGUGUUAACUUGGUUGUCUGACUUAAUAUUUCAACCGCCUUAAGAUUUUGGGAUAUGUGUACAAGUGUAAAUUUCCUUUUGUUUUAUUUCAAUGUUGAUACUGUUGAUGAGUCUCCAUUUGUUGUUAUUUUUAUAAAAGCAUUUCAGUAUCUUCUGAGAGCUGUCAGGUUUCUAGUUCAUUUAGCUAUUUAGCAACAUGUUUUUAUACUGCAUAUUGUAGCACUUCUGUGUCUAAUAAGAGUUUAAAGUGUUGAGAAAACCUUUAGAAAGAUCAACAGUUGUUGUUCAAAGUGCAUCAAAACAAACAAGAGCACAAAAUGUGUUUUUUAUUUUAUUUUAUUUCUAAAUACUAUGUUAUCUGCUUUCAGACAAAGUACUGUGAAAUAAAGUUAAGGGUGCACAUACA